UGCGAUUUGAACAAUGACUACGUUUCCAUCGAGGGUCCAAAUCGGGUCAGAGUCGGGUUAGAGUCGGGUUGGGGUCAGCGCUUGUACGGUGGAAACGCCAAAGGUUUAGUUGAACUCUACCCUACAAAAUUUUAGGGUAGCGUUCAGUUGAGGUUCGGUGGAAACGACAAGAGUCGAGUUCGUGUUGCCAACAUAACAAAUCCAAAUUGCAUUGUGUAUCACGUGUUGUAUUAAUCGGUGUAAAAGAGGUUAUUAUUACUUUUUGUCGGUGAUCUUGUAAUCUGAGAAAUAAUUUUUGUAUGUUAUUUUGAUAUUCUAAAAUUAAUAUUGCUCAGCUUUACAUGUUAGAAUAUGGUAGUUGACUUUGUGCAGUUGGUAAUGUUCAACUCAACUCCAACCCCAACGUAACUCUGAUCCCAUGGAAACAGGCAAGGCAACUUAACUCUAACCCGACUCUAACCCGACUCUGACCCGAUUUGGACCCUCGAUGGAAACGUAGUCAUUGUUCAAAUCGCACCUCCACCGGGACAGAAUAAAGAUCGCGAAGUCGCACUUUUGAAUGUCUAUUCUAAUUUUUUGUACAUGAAGCAACGCAGGAUAAAUAAGGAUCGUGUAGACUCUAGCCUCUAGACGAUCGACGCUAGUGACAAAAAGAACCUAGAUGUGAGUUUAAUGACAUCAUGCGAUGAGCGAAGAUACAGUUCGAGUUGCAGUGCGUAUCCGUCCUUUAGUAAAGACUGAAGUUGAGAGGGGUUGUCAGAUAUGUCUAAAUGUUGUCCCUGGUGAACCUCAGAUAGUUAUACAAAAUACAGAUAAAGCUUUCACAUUUAAUUAUGUUUUUCCUCCUGAAAUUGGUCAGGAAGAUUUUUAUAAUACUGCCAUUAAAGAUAUGGUAAAAAAUAUUUUUCAAGGCUACAAUGUCACUAUAUUAGCCUAUGGUCAGACAGGAAGUGGUAAAACUCAUUCAAUGGGUACAAAUUAUGUUGAAGCAGAAGAUAUGGGUGUUAUACCAAGAGCAGUGCAUGAUAUAUUCAGUAUAAUUUCAUCAAAGGAAGACUGGAAUUUUAAAAUUACAGUUUCGUUUAUGGAACUUUAUCAAGAACAGUUAUAUGAUUUAUUGGCUGAUAAACAGCGCAAUCAAUCUAUCGUUGAUAUCAGAGAUGAUGGAAAAAAUAUAAAAGUUGCUGGAGUUGUAGAAAAGGAAGUCAAAACUGCUGUUGAAACAUUACAGUGUUUAACGCAAGGAUCACUAGGUCGUGCAACAGGAGCUACUGCAAUGAAUGCAAAUAGUAGUCGAAGUCAUGCAAUAUUUACUUUAUGUAUAUAUCAACAAAACAAAACCGAUCCUAAUAUGGCAACAACAGCUAAGUUUCAUCUGGUAGAUUUAGCUGGUUCUGAACGUAGCAAAAAAACUCAGGCAACAGGAGAAAGAUUUAAAGAAGGUGUUAAUAUAAAUAAAGGUUUAUUAGCAUUAGGAAAUGUGAUAUCUCAGUUAGGAGAGGGUGGUUCCAUGUCUUAUGUUGGUUAUCGAGACAGCAAACUCACUAGGUUGUUACAAGAUUCUCUUGGCGGUAACUCUAUGACAUUGAUGAUAGCGUGUGUUAGUCCAGCAGAUUAUAAUUUAGAUGAAACUUUAAGUACAUUAAGAUAUGCAGAUAGAGCACGUAAAAUAAAAAAUAAACCUGUAGUAAAUCAAGAUCCAAAAGUAGCAGAAAUAAAUCGAUUGAAUAAAUUAGUGCAGGAACUGAAGCUGGCUUUAGUAGGACAAGAAAUUAAUGUUUCCUGUCCAAUUGAACAUCAAGAACUUGAAGUAAAAAAUCAGUCUUUGCAACAAAAGAUAAAGGAUUUGACAGAAAAAUUAAAUGCAAAUUUAAUUGAAGCAAUAAUUAUGCAUGAACGAGCAGAAUUAGCCGAACAAGCUAGAGAAAAAAUUCAGUCUGUUAUGAGCAAGAUAUUGGAAGAAUGUAAAGAACUUAUGGAUGAUUUCAAUAAAAAUCCUAAUACACAUAGUGAAUAUUAUAUAAAACUAGAAGCAAUAUAUUUAAAAAUUCUUGAUAUUCAAAAUGAUCAGAAGAAAACAACAGAGGAACUUAUGAAUCAUGGUGUAUCAUCAACUGUUAAUAUAAAAUCAUUUACGGCAAAUAAUGAAGAAGUUUCGGAACAGACGUCCAUAGAUGAGGCAAGUUCAGAAAUUUCAGAUAGCUUAGACGAUUUCGAUGAGAAACAGGAAGAACAUACUCUGCUUCAAGUUAAAAGAAAUAACGAAGUGCAAAAUAUAAAUAAAGAACUAGCUAUUAAAGAAAGUCUUAUAUGUCAGCUUUUAAAAAACUCGUCUCAUGUAAUUGAUUAUUCCAAAGAAAAGCAAGAUAUGGAACAGGAAAUAAAAGCACUUCAAACGGAAAAGGAAGAACUUUUACAAACAUUGCAAAAUGUUCAUGCAAAUAAUGCGAGCUCAAAAUUGGCAGAAAGUCGGCGUAAAAAGGUACAAGAAUUAGAAAAAAAAAUAACAGAAUUAAGGCGGAAAGUAAUGGAGCAAGAUAAAAUAGUUAAAAUGAAGGAAAAACAAGAUCAACAGAUAAAAAAUCUACUGAACGAAACACAGUUAUUAAAGCAGACAAGAGUGAAAUUAAUUAGACAGAUGCGUAUUGAAUCCGAUAAAUUUACAAAAUGGAAAACAAUUAAAGAAAAGGAAUUGAAUAAAUUGAAAGAUCAAAAUAGAAAGCAAGUAAACGAAGUAACACGUUUAAAAAUGUGGCAUAAUAAGCAGGAGACAGUAUUCAAAAGAAAAAUGGAAGAAGCUUUUGCAGUUAACAAACGUUUAAAGGAAGCUCUUGAUUUGCAAAAAAGAGCUGCAAUGAGAAGAGAUAAAACAAACAAUGUCGAUAAAAUUAAAAAUUGGCUAAUACAAGAAAUAGAAAUAUUAGUGAGCACAGUUGACGCAGAACAUUCUCUUGAAAAAUUAAUGCAAGAUAGAGCAUCAUUAGCAUGUAUGCUGGAUAAAUUUCAAAACAAUAGUAAUACAAAUGAACAAAAAAUUGUUGAACUUACACAAUUUUUAGAUUUACGUAAUACACAAAUUUCCGAUUUACAGCAAAAAAUAAUUGAAUCAGAUCAAGAAAAUAGAUCACAUCAAAGGUGGCAAAAAAUACAAACAAUGGAAGAUGCGAAAGCUGCUUUGAAAUUAUUGUUUAAACACAUUGCAGAAGAUAGAAGGAAACAGUGUGUAAAAGAGUCCGAAUUUUUGGAAAAGUGUACAUUAUUACAAACGCAAUUGGACGAGUAUCAGGCGAAAGAACAAAACGGACAAUCAAUAAUAAGCAACACAAAUUAUAUUACACAGAAUGAUAAUGAAGAAAAUAUCAAUUUGCAAGAAGAAUUAAAGUACUAUAAAGAAAAAUGUCAACAGUUGGAACAAAAGGUGUUAAAUGAAAUUCAAAACACAAGCGAAGUGUCGAAACCAAAAGGUACAAAAAAAGCGAAGAAAACUGUAGAAAUCGAUCAAGAAUUUAUAUACCCUGCAACAGAUGAUAGCAUUGUAGAAAAUGAUGAUACCGAAAAUGAUCCAGAUUGGACACAGACGCCACUCUAUAAUCGUAUACAAAAGCUUUUGAGCACAACAAAAAAUUCCUCAUUGGAUCAUACGACAUUAAAACGAUCAUCAGAUGGAGAUAUAAAAUGUUCUUGUAAAACGAAAUGUGCUACGCGCCUUUGUUCAUGUCGUAAAAACAAAGUUAUUUGCAGUAACUGCAAUUGUAAUCCAGAAUGUUGUCAAAAUAGAGAUAAAAAUUUAAAUCGUACCUUAUUCGUAGAUUAUAAAGAGAAUGAGACUGAGGACUCAAUAAAAAAACCAAGAGGAAAACGAAACAAAAAUGCAGAGAAAACUUUAAUCAAAAGAGAACUGAAUCUAUCGUGAAACGCACUACGAACUUGAACGCAUAAAACAGUGAUGCAGGCGUACUUUCAUAUUCAUUGUCUAAAUUUUUACAUUUAGUGUAGUGUGUGUUUGUAUUUUUUCCUAAGUGUAAUGUAAUAAGCUGCAAUAUUGUAAAUAAUAAAUUGAGAAUAAGGAAAUUAUUCACUACACCUCCAAAAUAAGUAUAGUGUACCGUUAAUUAGUUGUAUACACGACGGUUAGUAAAGCAGGGUUCUAUUCUUCAGCUAGAUCUUUACGUUAUCGACUGCCGCGAAACAAGAUGAUUAACGACACACUAUAGUUCUUUCGCAGUAUAAUAGAAUAGUUUUUUUAUUCAAAUUUAUGUUUUAUAA